AAAAGAUAUCUGAUCUAAAUAUUAUGUUGAAUUAUAAACAGCAUUUUGCAACAGAUAUUGGGGCUGAUUGAUCAGUGAUUAUCGAUCGUGUCUUUUGAGUUUUCAUUUCGAUCACCAAUGAGUACAAAACUUACUUAAGAAUGAUAGACAUCAUUAUUGAUCGAUGACUACAUCCUCGGCUGAAACGGAUGAUGGCUGUGCAAUAUUGAUAAUACAUAUAUGUACGUACGAAUGUGUACGUACGAAUUAUUAUCAAAUAAAAAUCUAUCGUAUUCUUGGCCACUCUCGAACUCACAAUCAGUACUACUCAGCUUCAUCUGUCAGCAAGAUUUAAGAGACAAUGGCCAACAGAUCGGAAGAUCCAUACCCGGAGAUUACUGAGUCCGGAGGAAAGGAAAAAGAAAGAGGAAAAACUAUAGGAUUUGGCAGAUUAUUACUAAAGUUCUUAGCCAUUUAUUGGCGAUCUUUUGUCGUAAUAAUAUGGCCAUUAAUUCUGAUCCCGAUACUGACACUCGAGAGUGAAAAGCCUCUAGCGAUGAAAUGUUUAUAUGUUGUUGCGUUGAUGGCGAUGUUCUGGGUGACUGAAGUCUUACCAUUGCCCGUUACGGGCAUGAUCCCGGUGGUCCUGUAUCCACUGAUGGGCAUCAUGUCCACCAAUGAGACCUGCGAGUGCUAUAUGAACGAUACCACGAUGAUGUUUCUGGGCAGUUUGGUAAUUGCAGUGGUCAUCGAGAACUCUGGUUUGCACAUGCGAAUAGCACUACUCAUCAUCAAGACUGUCGGUUGUAGUCAUCGAAGGCUAACAUUAGGUCUGUUUUUCGUGACAAUGUUUAUCUCGAUGUGGAUCUCGAAUACCGCUGCCACAGCCAUGAUGAUACCCAUAAUAGAAACGGUUCUAAUAGAACUUGAAGCGCAAGGACUCGGGAAUAUGUUCAUCCAAAGAGAGAAUGCAGUCGAGGAAGGCACGGAAACAAAUAAAAGACCGACGCACAGCACCAUGGUGUAUUAUCUCGUCGCGGCUUAUGCAUCCAGUCUAGGUGGCAUCGGUACCAUUGUUGGCAGCGGCACCAACUUAACUUUGAAAGGCUUUCUAGAAAAACGUUUUCCCAACAGCCCCGGCAUAAAUUUCGCUGCCUGGAUGUUAUACUCAGUACCACCUAUGCUGCUAAUGAGCUUUCUCACAUGGUUGUGGCUGCAAGUGAUGUACAUGGGUCUCUUUAGGCCAAAGAGCAAGGAUGCCCGCGCUAUAGACAUCGGUCAGCAGGGUGAGCGUGUCGCGACGAAGGUCAUCGAAAAGAGAUACAAGGAACUCGGAUCGAUUACAUGGCAUGAAUCCUCAGUGGGUAUUUUAUUUAUUCUCGUGGUGCUCCUAUGGUUCUUCAGGAGCCCCGGAUUCAUGCCAGGCUGGGCUGCUUAUAUCACGAAUUUGCGUGUCAAGGAUUCAACAGCGGCCAUGUGCGUGACGAUAUUGUUCUUCAUCAUUCCAUCAAAGCUCGACUUUCUGCAUGCGUUUGACAAAAAUCCACAUAAACGGCCUACGAAACCAUCUCCUGGCCUGAUAACAUGGAAGAUGAUCAACCAAAAAAUGCACUGGAGCCUGAUAUUUGUACUAGGCGGUGGAUUCGCCAUCUCCGCAGGUAGUACUACAUCGGGUUUAUCAGCGAUGCUUGGUCAGUCCUUAACUGGUUUGCAGAAGAUCAAUAAAUUGGCGAUAUUGCUGAUCGUCUGCUUCUUUGCUGAGAAUGUGACGGAAUUGACAGCUAACGUGGCUGUCGCGAAUAUUAUACUACCAGUAUUAGCAGAAAUGUGUAUAGCCAUCACAAUACAUCCUUUGUAUCUGAUGCUGCCGGCAGCUAUCUGCUGUUCGUUCUCAUUUCAUCUACCGGUAGGCACCCCACCGAACGCGAUCGCCAGUGCCGCAGGUCAUAUAAAAACAAAGGACUUUAUGAUCGCCGGUAUUGGACCCAGCAUCAUUACACUCGUCAUUACUGUGGGAGCAUUCUCCAUGUGGGGAUCGUAUGUAUUCAAUCUAUCGGAGUUCCCCGAGUGGGCAAAUAACAGUACUCAAGGUACUCGGUAGUCAGUACAGCCUUCCGAUAUUUAUUUAUAUUUUUGUGUUCUAUCGAACGCAUGUUUCUACAACGAUAAGAGAUUACUACUCGCACAUAACAACGCCGAAUAUUCUCAUCACAAAGAUUCGAUCUCUUUAUAGAUAUUUACUUUUAAACUUUUUCCAAAGAUAUUUGAUGUUUUAAAUUUUAAGGAAUAAACUCGCACAAUUGCGAAUCUCAACUCCCACAGCAGGAAUAGACUGUGGAUCGUACUAUGUACGUGUCGUAAAAACGAAAAUUGUUGAAUAUGAUAAGAAGGGUAUGUCCUUAGAAUAAUUUCGCACAUGGGAUAUUAUUUUUAUAUGAAAUAUAUAAUGAUACAAGAACGAAUUUUCAAAUGAGGAAUCCAUUUUCAUAUCUGUCUCGUUGGAAAACCAUUGACAAUAUUAAUAUUUAACUAAUCAAAAAAUCUAUAAACAUUUGUUUAUAUGUAUCAAGUAUAUUGUAGUUAUUAGAAAUUUAGAAUCAGAAACUGAAUUGAUCAGUCAAUGCAUAUCAAUUUCUAAAUAUUUCAUUUCUCUUGAAUCUUGUCACUCCGUGAUUUAUGGAUCAUUAGCAAGAUUGUAAUAUGUGUAUUUUUAUUGUAAUAUUUUCCGUAAUGGCCAUCACACAUAAAAUUCCAUAAGCACAUAAAACGUAAGCGUAAGAAAAUCGGCCAAUCACGGUUGAGUAUUGGCUUCUUGGAGGGGUCAAUAUUGGUUGGUCGAUUUUUUUACGCUUAUGUUUUACGUGCUUAUGGAAUUUUAUGUGUGAUGGCCAGAAGUGAUGUAACUUUUCUACUAAUGGAAGAGAUCAAAAAAUGAUAUUGACAAUAAAUAUGAUCAAAUUCUUU